AUGGACCAAUCACUUUCAAUAGCCUCAUGGACUCCAACAACAACCGCAACAUCAACUUCAUUGAAAAGUAUAGCCACUACAGCAGAAUCAGCACUUGAACUGAGCUUGUCAAAAGCUCUCCAUUCUUUAACAGGACGCACUUCAACAAUAGUAAGAAAUGAUUACAUACAUGUGUCCAGAGCAAUUCGUGGGGCACAAGCCUCCUUAUCAAUCAUCUCAGCUGAGCAAGUAUUGGCCACAGCAACAGCGGAUAGUGUCAAGGCACAAGCGACAGAAGCAAUCUGGAAUCUGACGCAAAAUUUAGAUGAUUUAGCAUGGGAGGAAAACAUUUAUGGUAUACGUCAUUUGACACGUCCAGGAAAUAUAUUCUUUUUGGCAGCCUUUUCAAUAACUCUUUUAUGGUACAGUUUGAUAUUUAUUAAAUCUAGGUAUUGGUGGUUCAAUAUAGCAUUUUUCUGUGGGGCGGUAUUAGAAUUCUUAGGAUUUCUUGGUCGAGUGCUCUCUUUCGCUGAUAUGACAUCUUUUCUGUACUAUGUCAUGCAAAUGGUGACAUUAACUAUAGCACCUGCCUUUACUAUGGGUGGAAUAUAUUUUUUAUUGGGACAAUUGGUUAUUAUUCAUGGUCGUCAGUUUUCCUUCUUGAAACCAUUGUGGUAUGCAUAUAUAUUUAUCGCAUGUGAUAUAUUGUCAUUAUUUAUUCAAGCUGCCGGAGGAGGUAUUGCGAGUGCUGCAACACUGAGUAACAGUAGUACCGAUGGGGGUACAAAUACCAUGAUUGCUGGUAUUGCAUUUCAAGCUUUUUCCAUGUCAGUUUAUGUUUCACUCUGGUUUAUAUUUAUUUGGAGAAUUUAUUUCCCAAAAACGCUUACUUAUGCUCAAUACACUGUGGAAAAAGACAAUCAACAUCAAAUGUUGAAACCGGGAUUGAAAAAUUUCCUCAAACUAUUUUUCAAUACCAAAUCAUCAUCUGAGUAUAAAAGGACCGUAUUGGAUCCAUUUUACAAUCCAAAGUAUAGCGAUAUAAGGCGAAGACCUUUAUACAAUUACUUCCCAUUGGCUGUGACAUGUGCCAUUAUUGCAAUUUUCAUUCGUUGUAUUUACAGAGUUGUUGAAUUGGCACAAGGCUUUCGUGGAUACUUAAUUACACACGAAGUCUACAUCAUGUGUUUGGACGCGGCAAUGUUGGUUAUUGCGUUGUAUGUGUUUAUCCCCUUCCAUCCAUAUAUUGUAUUUGGCUCAAGCAAUAUUAUCAGACUUGGUGAUAUCAAAGGUAAUGUAGAUGAAAAGGUUAAAGAGGACGAUUUUUGCUUAACAAAUAUUGAUAAUAAUACCUUGGAAACAGCAAGUAUUGCGCCAAUACUAGUCGAAAGUCGAGGAGAUGAAAGGAAUGGAAAAUACGGCAAAGUUUAA